GUGGACCAAGAAAGGAAUGUUAGCCGGUCAAAGUGGAGUUUCACUUUUUUUCCAGCAUGCCGCCGAUCCUUUGCGACCUUUUCUGAUUGUGAGGUUCUCUUUGCUUUCAAGAAUCGAGCGGUGCCUAUACCACCAAGGACAUGACAUCCGCGACCAUGACGACAGCCAUUACAUCUCACAAGCGUUCCGAAGGCACUCCGUACCAGCUUGACCCUGACCAGACUCUGAAAGCAUCUCAAACCCUGCUUCAGUACGUACAAGCCGAGACCAAGCGAUUGCAACAAGAGUCCUCGAAGCGCAAUCUCCUGGCUGCCAAGUCGUCGGAUUCCGAGGAUGAGGCAGAUGGAAACGGCGACAAGCCCAUCUGGCUUACCCUGACCACCAAACACCACAUUGUCGACCAUAGAAGACUAAAACCGAGCAAGAUCUCCGUACCGCAUUCGCUCCACAAAUCCUCAGAUCUCCGAAUAUGUCUCAUUGUAGCAGACCCCCAAAGAGCUGUGAAGAAUGUGGUUGCCGAUCCUGCCUUCCCCGAAGAUCUGAAGUCCCGAAUCAACAGAAUCAUUGGCUUUACCAAAUUGAAGGCGAGAUACAAGACUUUUGAAUCCAGAAGGCAACUGUUGAGCGAGCACGAUAUAUUCCUGGCCGAUGAUCGUAUCGUGACCCGUCUGCCCGGGGUCCUGGGAAAAGUGUUCUACAAAGCGACUACCAAGCGGCCAAUCCCUAUAGUUGUCGCGCAUACCGAGAAAGACAAGAAAGACAAAAAGGAUCAGCGUUCAAAGUCAUCCAAGGGGGAAGGGGCUGCUCCGCCGAGCUCACCAACUGUCUUGGGGAAAGAAAUCGAGAAGGCUCUUGAUGCGGUCCCUGUUCACCUGAGGCCGGGUGUACUGGUGGCUGUGCGGGUUGGCCUGGCAUCAUUCAGACCAGAACAGUUGGCGGAGAACAUAUCGGCAAUUGUCCAGGAUCUCAUUGAGAAGCAUGUCGUCAAAGGGUGGAAGAAUGUUAGAGGCAUUCACAUCAAAGGGCAAUCUUCAACCGCCGUACCGCUCUGGUUGGCCGACGAGAUAUGGACGGAAUCAGAGGACAUUGCUGCUGUCAAGGAACAAGAAGAGGAAGACGAUCAUAGCGAGCAAACGCAGAAACGGAAAAGAAACCCUUCAACCGCCAAAGGUCCACAAGCGGGUUCUCGAAAGAAGACCAAAGUUGAGAACGAAAGCGAUAAAAAGUCUGCAGCAGAGAAGGAACUUACGCAGGGCCGCAAGAGUAAACUUGCAGCCCAGAAAGCACGCAUUUUCGGAGAAGAGGUAUGACUUUUCUGUCCUCGAGGUGGUGUUUGUAGGCGCAUCUGCACGACUUAAUGAUUGGGACAUUGAGGAUAGACGAUGUUUGUUGAUACAGGGACGGCGCAAGAUACCUAGGUACUGGAAAAGUGCGGCAUCUACUGCCACAGCAUACCUGGGCACCUAGGGAGCCUGCAAAUGUAAGCCUGUAUUGGAGACAUAACAUUCUGAUGCGAGGCUGUAACCCCUCGAAAAACUGAUGGACUUUUCGUGAAACCCCUCAUGGCCCUGAUCCCCUGUAGAGGCGCGAUUUAGUGGCGCAGUUAAGCCCUGCAUGACCUCUUAGGCUUGGCG